AAAUAGUGGUUUCUGUCUCCCUCUGCCCUCCCCUAGGUCUUCCCUGUAGCUGCCAGGACCGCUUUGUUCCAGUGUGUGCCUCUAAUGGGCGGACAUAUCCCAGUGCCUGCGUUGCUCGAUGUAUGGGAUUCAAGGACAGUCAGUUUGUCUUUGGCCCGUGCCACCUCAGUAAACCAUGUGCCAGCAAACCCUGCCAGAGAAACCAGAGGUGCAUCCCAAAGUAUCGCGUGUGUCUGAGUGACGUGUCGGACUGUCCGCAGUAUGAGUGCAUCGGGCACGCGGCAACCUGCGACAAGAACAGCGAGGACCCAGUCUGCGACACUGAGGGCAUCGACCACCGCAGUCUGUGCCAUUUGCACCAGGCUGGGAAAAUCUUGGCCUACAUGGGCCGCUGCCAGGUAUGUUCCACAGAAAGGUUCGGACAGAAGUUUUCAGGGGGAUUGUCCUCACCUUGA